AUGAAAAUUAAUAAAUUUAAAAGUGGUCAAACCGUUGAAAGUUGGGAAUUAAGUUAUGAUAACGAUAUUUGUAAAAAAUGUAAUGAAAUUACGUGUAUAGGAUGUGAAGAACCGUUAAUGUCUAAGAUAAAAAGAUUGUAUUACAAAAUUAAAAAUAAUUUAUUAAUCUAUAAAAAGGAUGAGAAAUAUGAAUAUGAAUGGGAUUGUAGUGAUGAUAAUAAUGAUUGGGGUUGUAGUGAUGAUAAUAAUGAUUGGGGUUGUAGUGAUGAUAAUAAUGAAUGGGGUUGUAGUGAUGAUAAUAAUGAUUGGGGUUGUAGUGAUGAUGAUAAUGAAUGGGAUUGUAGUGAUGAUAAUAAUGAAUGGGAUUGUGGUGAUGAUUAUAAUGGAAAAAUAGAAUUGAGAAAUAUGGGAAAAAUUUUUGAGAAAAUAAUGUUAAAAAGUAUUAAUGAAAUAAUUUUUAUUAAUAAUUUACAGUGUGAAAAUAAUGAUGUGAUUGAUGUACCAUUAGAAAUUAUUAGAUAUAGUCAAAGAAAAAUUAAUCCAUUAUUUAAAGGAAGAGGAUUAAUUAGGAAGAGCAUAUAUGAAACGGUUAAUGAAUUGAAAAAUAAGGAAAUAAAAUAUGGAAAUGAAUUACCAAUAAUAGAAAUAUGUGUUUAUGAAGGAAAGGUUUGGUCAAUGGAUAAUAGAAGAUUAUAUUGUUUAAAGGAGGUGUUUGAUGGAAAAGAAAUUAUUAAAUGUAAAAAUAGAAAAGUAAAUAAUAAUUUUUUGAGAAAACGUGAACAAGCGUUAAUAGAAAAUGAAGAAAAGGAUCAUGAUUGGUAUGAUAUAAAAAUAGAUAUUUAUUCAAAAGGAAUAUUCUUUAAUGAUUCGUAUUAUUAA